ACAUGUCGAUGAGAUCUAAGAACUGUUUCACUUUGAUCCAAAAUCAUCUCUUUCAGGGUUUAAUGUGAAAAUGGUUAAAGAAAUAGCUUAUGGGUUCUUGAUAAUAUCAAUGGUGAUGUUUGUUUCUCCGGCGAAAGCUAUAAACGGCGGUGGUUAUCCACGGUGUAACUGUGAAGACGAAGGAAAUAGUUUCUGGACUACAGAGAAUAUUCUUGAAACUCAAAGAGUAAGCGAUUUCUUAAUCGCAGUAGCUUAUUUCUCAAUCCCUAUUGAGUUACUUUACUUUGUGAGUUGUUCCAAUGUUCCAUUCAAAUGGGUUCUCUUUGAGUUUAUCGCCUUCAUUGUUCUUUGUGGUAUGACUCAUCUUCUUCAUGGUUGGACUUACUCUGCUCAUCCAUUUAGAUUGAUGUUGGCGUUGACUGUUUUCAAGAUGUUGACUGCUUUAGUCUCUUGUGCUACUGCGAUUACGCUUAUUACUUUGAUUCCUCUGCUUUUGAAAGUUAAAGUUAGAGAAUUUAUGCUUAAGAAGAAGGCUCAUGAGCUUGGUCGUGAAGUUGGUUUGAUUUUGAUUAAGAAAGAGACUGGCUUUCAUGUUCGUAUGCUUACUCAAGAGAUUCGUAAGUCUUUGGAUCGUCAUACGAUUCUUUAUACUACUUUGGUUGAGCUUUCGAAGACUUUGGGGUUGCAGAAUUGCGCGGUUUGGAUGCCGAAUGAUGGGAAAACGGAGAUGAAUUUGACUCAUGAGUUGAGAGGGAGAGGUGGUUAUGGUGGUUGUUCUGUUUCUAUGGAGGAUUUGGAUGUUGUGAGGAUUAGGGAGAGUGAUGAAGUGAAUGUGUUGAGUGUGGAGUCUUCGAUAGCUCGAGCUAGCGGUGGGGAUGUUAGUGAGAUUGGUCCCGUGGCUGCGAUUAGAAUGCCGAUGCUUCGUGUUUCGGAUUUUAAUGGAGAGCCGAGUUAUGCGAUACUUGUGUGUGUUUUACCGAGCGGGCAGCCUCGGGAUUGGACUUAUCAGGAGAUUGAGAUUGUUAAGGUUGUGGCGGAUCAAGUAACGGUUGCGUUAGAUCAUGCAGCGGUUUUGGAGGAGUCUCAGCUUAUGAGGGAGAAGCUGGCGGAACAGAACAGGGCGUUGCAAAUGGCGAAGAGGGACGCAUUGAGGGCGAGUCAAGCGAGGAAUGCGUUUCAGAAAACGAUGAGUGAGGGGAUGAGGCGUCCGAUGCAUUCUAUACUCGGGCUUUUGUCGAUGAUUCAAGACGAGAAGUUGAGUGAUGAGCAGAAGAUGAUUGUUGAUACAAUGGUGAAAACGGGGAAUGUUAUGUCGAAUUUGGUUGGAGACUCGAUGGAUGUGUCUGACGGUAGAUUCGGAACGGAGAUGAAACCGUUUAGUCUGCAUCGUACGGUCCAUGAAGCAGCUUGUAUGGCGAGGUGUUUGUGUCUAUGCAAUGGAAUCAAGUUCUUGGUUGACGCGGAGAAGUCUCUACCGGAUAAUGUAGUAGGCGACGAAAGAAGGGUCUUUCAAGUGAUACUUCAUAUGGUUGGUAGUUUAGUAAAGCCUCGAAAAUGUCAAGAAGGAUCUUCUUCAUUGAUGUUUAAGGUUUUAAAAGAAAGAGGAAGCUUGGACCGGAGUGAUCAAAGAUGGGCUGCGUGGCGAUCACCGGCUUCUUCAGCAGAUGGAGAUGUGUAUAUAAGAUUUGAAAUGAAUGUAGAGAAUGAUGAUUCAAGUUCUCAAUCACUUGCUUCUGUUUCUUCAAGAGAUCAAGAAGUUGGUGAUGUGAGAUUCUCUGGCGGCUAUGGGUUAGGACAAGACUUAAGCUUUGGUGUUUGUAAGAAAGUUGUGCAGUUGAUUCAUGGGAAUAUCUCGGUGGUCCCUGGCUCGGAUGGUUCACCGGAGACCAUGUCGUUGCUCCUUCGGUUUCGACGCAGACCCUCUAUAUCUGUCCAUGGAUCCAGCGAGUCACCAGCUCCUGACCACCACGCUCACCCUCAUUCGAAUUCUCUAUUACGUGGCUUACAAGUUUUAUUGGUAGACACCAAUGAUUCAAACCGAGCAGUUACACGUAAACUCUUAGAAAAACUCGGAUGCGAUGUAACCGCGGUAUCAUCUGGAUUCGAUUGCCUUUCCGCCGUUGCUCCCGGCUCGUCCUCGUCUUCUACUUCGUUCCAAGUGGUGGUGCUUGAUCUUCAAAUGGUAGAGAUGGACGGCUAUGAAGUGGCCAUGAGGAUCAGGAGUCGAUCUUGGCCGUUGAUUGUGGCGACAACGGUUAGUUUGGAUGAAGAAAUGUGGGACAAGUGUGCGCAGAUUGGAAUCAAUGGAGUUGUGAGAAAGCCUGUUGUGUUAAGAGCUAUGGAAAGUGAGCUCCGGAGAGUAUUGUUGCAAGCUGACCAACUGCUCUAAGUUGAUAUGUUUUGUGGAAGGUUGCAUCACCUUGACCUAGUGAACGUGGUUGGGUAUUGCGCAGAAAAAAACUAACACGUGUUUACAUACGUCUACAUAAGUAAAGGAAGCUUAGCUUCUCAUUUAUACAGCGAAAAACAUGAACCACUGAACUGGGAUUUGAGAGUAUAUAUUGCAUUACGCGGUCUAGAGUAUCUUCGUGAUGGGAAUGUUCCUCCUGUAAUCAACAGAGAUCAAAUCUUCCUAACAUUUUGUUGGAUCAAUCCAUGAGAGCUCGGGUUGUUGUCUUUGGACUAUUUAGAGGAACAUGCUGCUAACAUCAGAGGAGCAUUUGGUUAUCUCGAUCCUGAAUACGUUUCCACAAGAACAUAUACCAAGCAAAGAGAUGUUUAUGGCUCCUGGGUUUUACUCUUUGAGCUUAUAGCUGGAAGAAAUCCUCAACAAGGUCUACUGGAAUUUGUUGAGCUGGUAGAUGUCAUGUGUGUAUGAUUUAUGUUUUGUAAGACAGAAUUACAAAGUUACAUUUUGUGUAUAAAGAUAUGAAUUUGAU